AUGAAUCUGAGCAUGAAUAGCAUAUCACCCCACUUGCGCAAAAAGGCUGCAGGCAGACACCAUUGCAGUUACCUGAUCAACCUACACACGCAGGAGUUCAUUCUUGCGGGCGGUGACCCUUCCUGGUUGAACGGGCUGGGAAACAUCCCGAACAAACUGCGAGACCUGUAUGAGUUGAACAAAAUACUGGCACACCGCCCGUGGAUGAUCUCAAAAGAACACAUAGCAAGCCUAGCCAGUGGCAAGGACAACUGGUCUAUAUCGGAGCUCGUGCACGCCCUGAUACUCCUCUCCCACUUCCACGCUCUGUCCAGCUUUGUGUACGGCUGCGGUAUCACGCCCGAGGUGGACCACGAUGGGGGUUACACUAACAGCGGGAAGAACUCACCCUCCAGCAGUAAGGCUAACAGCCGGGCCACCAGCAAACAUGUGUCACCUUCCUCGUCUUUCUCCGAGGUAGGGUUACACUUUGAUAGAAGUUUUUCAACAGUGCUCUGGGAAAGAAAACGGGACUAA